GCGCGAGACACUCCGCCAUUCGUUCUUGAGACUGUCGUUAUUAUCUGUCUGAACGAUGUCCGCUGGGCCUCUCCAAGUUAACAGGAUCGAAAGCGUGCAAUGCAAUGCAUAGCCCAAAAGAAGCAGUAAAGAGCAAAGAGGCAGACACCCCCUCGAUUGACUGCGGGAUCCUGAGAGCUAGUACGGGCUUGUUGCUCCUCCUGCAUGGUGGGUUCACUAUUGUUCUUUGCACAGUCCUGGAGCUCCCAAGUCCCUUAUUCUGUUUUUCCAUUUGAGAAGUUUGCGAUUGAGCAUGGGAUCGAGUCAAUCUAUUUCUGAUCGUGAUCAAUGCAUCACAAGCAUUAAACAGUACCGAUUCGAUGGACAUACUCUCGGUGAAUCGGCAUCCAUUGUUCUUUAAGUAGGUCAGACAGGCCAGGGGUACCCACUCUUGAGAUGAACUCCUUGUCUUUACUUGGAAGAAAUGGCGGAGGACAACAGCGAGGCAACUUUCAGGGCUUUGAAAUUGGUUCAUGUUCGAAUGCUACCAAGGAGCUCUCUGCUAGUGAUCUGCUUAGAAGUUCAUCAAGAGGUUUUUAUAAAUAUUGGUCUAAAGUUUCUAUAGGUACUAGGAAACGAUACCAGUUCUGCGUCUUUGCAAAAGUAAACAAGGGUAGGAAGCAUGAGUAUCCCUGGCCUGAUAACCUUGAUCCAAAUAUCCCCAGCGAACAACAGUUGACCUAUCUCUCUCACUUCAAGCCCCUGGCUGAGAAACCGAAGCCAGUGACACUUCCUUUCGAAAAGCCCCUUAUGGACCUAGAGCAAAAGAUAGUCGAGGUUCAAAGAAUGGCAGACGAAACUGGUUUAGACUUCAGUGACCAAAUUGGGGCACUAGAAAACAAGUAUCAACAGGCCCUGAAGGAUCUGUACAAGCACUUGACUCCCAUCCAACGCCUGGCUAUAGCUCGACAUCCCAACAGACCAACGGUCCUUGAUCACAUCUUGAACAUAACAGAUAAGUGGGUGGAACUCCAUGGCGAUCGUGCAGGAUAUAAUGAUCCAGCCAUUGUGACCGGGCUUGGGACCAUUGACGGUAAGAGCUAUAUGUUUAUAGGCCAUCAGAAAGGGAGGAAUACAAAGGAAAACAUAGCUCGCAACUUUGCGAUGCCAACUCCUCAUGGCUACCGCAAGGCCUUGCGCUUGAUGAAGUAUGCAGAUCACCAUGGAUUCCCAAUUAUUACUUUUGUUGAUACUCCUGGGGCCUUCGCUGAUUUAAAAUCAGAGGAACUUGGUCAGGGAGAAGCAAUAGCCCGUAACCUUAGGACAAUGUUUGGAUUUAAAGUGCCCAUCAUCACGGUUGUGACUGGCGAAGGUGGUUCUGGUGGAGCUCUUGCCAUCGCGUGCGCCAAUAAGCUGUUUAUGCUGGAGAACUCAGCAUUCUAUGUGGCAAGCCCUGAAGCUUGUGCUGCAAUACUGUGGAAAACUUCCCAAGCAGCUCCUACGGCAGCUGAAAAGCUGAGGAUCACAGCUCAGGAGCACUACAGGCUCAAGAUUGCCGAUGGCAUAAUUCCUGAACCUCUCGGCGGUGCACAUGCUGACCCUGUGUGGACGUCUCAGCAAAUAAAGUUUACAAUCAUUCAGGCCAUGCAGGAGCUCACAGCAAUGGAUACCGAAGAGUUACCGCACCGUAGGAACAAGUUCCGGCAAAUUGGAGGCUUCCAGGAAGGCAUUCCAGUGGAACCCGAGAGGAAAAGCAGCAUGAAACGAGCUGAUGUCAACACUCUGGCCACCGACUUAGAGUCAGAGAUAGAGAACCUCAAGAAGAAAAUCCUAGAAAAGACAGGGCCACCCGAUCUGCUCACUAGCCAAGCUAUCGAGAAGCUCAGGCAAGAGGUCGACAAGGAAAUGACCGAAGCAUUCAUAGCAAUGGGACUGCAAGGGAAACUCGAAUUAGUAAAGCUGGAAUUAUCCAAAUUGCCGGAUACGCCUAACCAGCCUCUCAACCGUGGUCUGCAAGAGAGAGUCGACAACUUGGUGCGAGAGUUCAAUAGUAAAUUAUCAAGACCAGGGGCCUAUCUUGGACUAAAGACCAAGCUCGAGAAGCUGAACAUGGUGAACAGGCUGGUGGAGCUGAAAGAGAAACGCGACCGGUUGAAAGCAGAAAUAAACGAGAAGAUCCCGGCUGAAGUGAAGGCCAAGAUGCAGCUUCUGAAAGAUGCUCAGGAGAAGCUACGUGAGGGCGACGAACUGGAUGAGCAUUUGGUGGAUGAAGCAAAGAGAGCUAAGGAAGAGCUGGAGGCGGCUCUUAAGUUGGCUAACCUGGAGAUUGUCGGCACGACGAACCGGAACUCGAUCCACGUUGCAGCCGAACUACAACACGGGAUGGAGAAGAUGAAGGAAGAGAUCGACCGGGACAUCGCAAGAGCAGUAAACGCAGCCGGAGUUGGCCCCGAAAUCGAGCAGCUGAAGGCGGAGGUGGCAAAGGGCUCGAGCCCGGAACAUGUUAGGAAGAUGGCGGCGGAGAUCAAGGAGAAGAUUCUUGCUGCGUUGGACACAGAAGCGCUGAAGGAGAAGGCGGAGAAUCUUCAGAGGUCGGCGAGGGAGAACGGAAGAUGUUAAAUUACUGAAGAAUUUUAGAUUAGCAAUGAAAUAGUAAUGAGUAAAUAUUUGGAUCUAUUUUGAGAUAAACGAUAUUAUUAUUGUUAAAUAAUGAGUGAUUAGAAUUUGUGAAAUAUUUGACAAAUCAUCCCGAAUUCAAAUUGA